AUGACAGAUUUCAGGAGGCAAUAUCGUAGGACUCCAAGAGAGGUCCGCGUGCCGCAGCUCUAUACAGACUAUUACGACUUUACGGGAUUUGUCGACGCUGUUUGGUCGGUCAUGACGCAGGAAUGUCCAUUCAACUCGACCAGGUUCAACAACGCCGUCUGCUGGUUUGACAGUUGUGAACUGCACGAGCGCCUCAACCUGAACAUACAGAGGACACCUAUCGACAUCAAGGCGCGCGCGAUGCAGGUUUACAUGUGGCAGUGGACGGCCGACUACCUGGUGGAGCUUUUCAUCUGGGCUGGAGUGGUCCCCAGGGGUUGCUCCUGGCCUCGGAAUAUCCAGGGAGCUCCGUACGAGGUCCUGGAGAGGAUUCGUCAAAGAACAUACCGGCUGCUCGGGGAGGUUGGUCGCAUUUAUUUUGCAUAA